UUUCAAUCUGCUGGGCACGGUUAGUACAAUCUCACUGUUUCUCACGCUAGCUAGCCUAUAUAUAGAUCAUACAACUACUAGUGCCUCUCUCAUAUUGAUUAACAUAAGAGAUCAUUCGAUAUCGAUAUCGAAAAUGCCAUCUUCUUCUUCUUCUUCUCCAAAUAAUUACAGUACUAAAAUAUUGGCAAGUAUUUUGUUUGCCAUAUUAUUAAUCUUGUGUGCAGGUGCAGGAUAUGGUGAGGCCCAGCUGAGCCCUACGUUUUACGAUAAAGACUGCCCAAAUGCCACAAGUAUUGUGCGUGCUGUCAUUGAAGAGGCUUUGCAGACAGAUCUCCGUAUUGCUGCCAGCCUCACCAGGCUUUUCUUCCAUGACUGCUUCGUCAACGGUUGUGAUGGAUCAAUCUUGUUGGACAACAGUAGUACCAUAGACAGCGAGAAAGGAGCAUUGCCAAAUAACAACUCAGCCAGAGGAUUUGAUGUUGUGGACAACAUCAAGACUGCUUUGGAGACUGCUUGCCCCGGCAUUGUUUCCUGUGCUGAUAUUCUCGCCAUUUCUGCUGAAGAAUCUGUUUCUUUGUCUGGAGGCCCCUCAUGGACAGUUCUAUUAGGAAGAAGGGAUAGCACAACAGCGAAUCGCACGGCUGCCAACGAAGCCCUUCCAGCUCCCUCUUUCACCCUUGACGAACUCAAGGCCAGCUUCGCAGCUGUUGGCCUCGACACCACUGAUCUGGUUGCACUAUCCGGUGCUCACACAUUUGGGCGUGCUCAAUGUCAAUUUUUCUCCGACCGAUUGUAUGCCUUCAACAGCACAGGCAGUCCUGAUCCAACCUUAAACUCAACCUACUUAGAAACACUGAGUGCGUUAUGCCCGCAGUCCGGGAAUGGGAGUGUGCUAGCCGAUCUCGACCCUUCAACUCCUGAUGGUUUCGAUGCCGAUUAUUUCUCUAAUCUUCAAGUUCAUUAUGGCCUUCUCCAAAGCGAUCAAGAGCUGUUUUCGACCAGCGGGGCUGAUACCGUUGACAUUAUUAACAGCUACAGCGCUAAUCAAAGCGCCUUCUUUGAGAGCUUUGUGAUAUCUAUGAAUAAAAUGGGGAAUAUAAGCCUCCUGACCGGAACUGAUGGAGAGAUUCGAUUGAACUGCAGUAAGGUUAAUGAAGAUACAUAUGGAUCAUCUGCUACUUUGAUAGCUGAGUAUUAAGGCUAUGAAAAUCUAAUCAAGCUUAAUGCCUGAUAUGAUGAUCAUGUCUAUGACUUCAUGUUCGAGCUCAUAUGACUACGAGCUCAUCACUUUCUAUGAAAGUUCUUGAAUAAAACUAUGACAUGAUUUACAAUUA